CUGUAGGAACUCUUCACACUCCGGAUGGGUGAGGGGCGGAAACAUUCCUAAAAACCCCACAACGGACCCCUUAUAAAGCGUUUUGGACGCAAUAUAACAGCUAUUGUUUUGCACGUAUACACUGAAGACCAGCAUCAGAAAAUGACCAGCAAACCAGAGGAGGCAGAGGUUUCGGAGGUUUCUGCAGCCCAGAGUGCGAGCGAUGCGGGCGAGGCGCGGACGUUAGUGGAGGUUACUUUCCAGAAGAACCCCAGUCAAAAAUACAAAUACCUGGAGGCAGAGCCCAAGAUUUUAGGGGUGACAGAGAUCGCGCUGACUGUCUUCUUCGUUCUUUGCAGACUUACGUUUUAUAAUGGAUCAUCUGAAUGGAUUUUAAACAGUUUAAUGCUGGUGUUUUCAUGUGUUGGCAUAAUUUCUGGCAGUGUGGCGAUAGCAGCGCAGAAACUUCACCUGCCAACACUCAAGGCUUGUUUGGGAAUGCAGAUGGUCACAUGUAUGGCAUAUUCUUUCUGUUUUUUGGGAACAAUUGUUCUGCCAUAUUCAGAUGUCACUGGCUGCUGGCGCUUCUAUAAUCACAGCGAGGUGGCAUAUGAAAAUGACGCUUGUGCACCAUUAGAGAAGGGAUUAAGCCAACUGUAUUCAUUAGAUCAACUCAUGGAGGCAACUCAGAUUGUCCUCUCUAUCACAUUAGCCGCAUACUGCUGCAAAGUGAUUCCUUGCUGCUUUCCCAGAUCUCAUGUGCCUGUCAUUAUGAUGCCACCCACAGCGCCCCAAUGAAAGUGAGAGUGCGUGCAUCUAAAAAGAUUGAUAAUACUAAUAAAACUCAAUCUUAGAACACAUUAUUAGAUACACUAAUACACCACUGUCAAAUAUAUUACUAAUAUAUCUCUAUAUAAAUGUUUUGAGAGCUAAAAACAUCUUGUCUUUUAACAGUUUAUGUAUAGUAUGAAUUAAUAUCUUAAUCAGUUUUAUAAUACAACAUAUAAAACUUGUAAAAAUAGCCUUUUACAGAACAUGUAAGUGUAUGUAUGUUCCGAAUCAUCGGCUGGUGUAUGGACAUUGUCGAUACUCAAAUGAAAGGUUAUUACAAUUUAAUAAACAAAUGUAAUAAACAAUUAUUAAAAUCACAUUGCAGUCUUCA